GUGCUGCCCAAAUCAGAGAAGACGGAGUUCAGAGAAGGCUAUCAAGAAGCACGGAUUCAAGUCAUGUUAUCCAUAGCCUAUUCGGCAGGCAUAGGAGGGACCGGGACCAUCACGGGGACCGCGACCAAUCUCAUCUUCAUGGCGAUCUUGGAUGAGCUCUACGGACCCGACACGGGACUGAAUUACGGGACUUGGAUGGCCUUCAGCGUCCCGGGAUUGUUACUCAACGCCUUCAUCGCCUGGCUCUGGCUUCAGGCCCUUUUCUUCUUCGCUCAGUGGAGGGAACGCCGAAAGCAUCCGGAGAGGCAGAAUCAGAGCAAAGCGGAGUGCGAGGAAGAAUUGGCGCAGGAGGAAAGAGCGGCUCGAGCAGUGAUUUGCAAGAAAUAUUCGGAAUUGGGAUCCAUGUCCUUCCACGAAUUCAUGACCCUUUCCUUGUUCAUCACCCUCGUUCUGCUCUGGCUCUCCAGAGAUCCUCAGUUCGUCCCCGGAUGGGCCGCCUGGAUCAAGGGAGACCGGGAUCUUGGCAUCGGAGAUGGAACCGCUGCGAUGCUCAUCGUCUUCGUCUUCUUCAUAAUUCCCGCGAAACCCGACUUCUGGUGCUUCCAUGAUUCUUCCGACUCGCCGUCGAAGUCGAGCGAGGCCCUGCUCAACUGGAGGGUCCUCCACGAGAAGAUGCCCUGGGGAUUGCUCCUCCUCAUCGGAGCGGGAUUCGCGAUAGCCAAGGCCUCCGAGGCAUCCUGCUUGUCCUAUUGGGUGGGCCAGCAGAUGGCAACCCUGGGGUACUUGUCUCCGGCCGCCCUCGUCUUCAUCAUGACUAUCAUGACGACUUUAAUAACGAAUGUGGCUUCCAACACAGCCACUGUUACCAUCGUCAUGCCUGUCCUUGCCCAGCUUGCAAACGUGUUAAAGGUGAAUCCUUUGUACCUGAUGCUCCCAUCAGCCAUAGCCUGCUCGUAUGCUUUCAUGCUCCCAGUGGCCACCCCCUACAAUGCCAUCGUCUACGAAGUCUCGAAGAUGAAGACCACCACUAUGAUGAAAGCCGGGGCUGUCAUGAACGUGGUCUGCGUCUUGGUGAUCAACAUGACCAUCAAUACCCUUGGGAAUUAUAUCUUCGACUUCUCCACGUUCCCUGAAUGGGCAGUGACCGCCAGCAACUCCAGCGCUUCUUCCUCUCAUUGCAACUACACUCUCUACUAGUGCCUUUUAGAAAUUUUCACUUGUAAUCUAGUCUCUCGUGACUUCUUUUCCAAGCGAU